UGACUGCCGGCAACAUCUGAAAACAAGGCGUCGAACGUCAUCGGUUAUUUGUUUACAUUUCUCAUUUUCAACAUAAGACACUUUUCUGUUUCAUUCCAUGGUUUUAGAUAUGGCAGAGACGAGCACAAACUGAAGGGACAGCAGAUCAUUAUCGCCACAGUGGCGAUAUUUUUGUUGUUGUAACAAAAUUGUGAUAAGAUAAGCAUUAUUUCCUCCAACGAGGCAAAAUACAAGUGUGGGCAAUGUCGAGUUAAGCGCUGCUGCUGCUGCUGGAACGUGCCAUCUGCUGAUUACGUUCAGUCACUAAACGCUCGUCAACCUAGAAUCAAGCUGUAUUCAUCUAUUUUUAGCCCAUCAAGCAACCUCAAUCAUGUCCCUCAAUAUACUAGUUACCGGCGGUGCUGGAUUUGUAGGAUCUCAUACGAUACUUGAACUACUUAAUGUUGGCCAUCGUGUGAUAUGCGUUGACAAUCUGUGUAACGCUUUUGGGGCGGCCAACUCCAAAUUACCAGAGUCGUUAAAACGGGUUCAAGAUCUUACUGGGAAGAGCGUAACAUUCUAUGACGUAGAUAUUCGUGAUAAAGAUGGCCUGCGCGAAAUUUUUAACAAGCACAAAAUCGAUUGCGUAGCCCAUUUUGCUGCCCUGAAGGCCGUUGGAGAAUCGUGCCGGAUUCCACUCCAGUACUACCAGAAUAACAUCACCGGAACAAGCGUUUUGCUGGAAGUUAUGGCUGAGGCAAAUGUGUUUAGUUUCGUAUACAGUUCAAGCGCAACCGUUUACGGAGAGCCUCAGAAAUUACCCUUGGACGAGUUGCACCCUACCGGCUCAUGUACGAACCCGUACGGUAAAAGCAAGUAUUUUACCGAGGAAAUUUUGAAGGAUUUGUGCGAGUCAGAUCCACGUUGGUCGGUUAUUUCUCUACGCUAUUUUAAUCCAGUCGGAGCCCAUAAAUCCGGACGCAUCGGUGAAGAUCCCAACGGUGAACCAAACAACCUUAUGCCGUAUAUUUCGCAAGUAGCGGUUGGUCGGCGGGAAAAGUUGAAGGUUUUUGGCAAUAACUACGAUACCCCAGACGGAACCGGCGUUCGUGAUUAUAUCCACAUUGUGGAUCUGGCCGAAGGGCACGUUAGUGCAAUCAAAAAACUAGCCGGUGGUGAGUUGAAGGGUUUCGUCGUUUACAAUUUGGGAACGGGUCAAGGCUACUCGGUGCUAGAGGUGGUGGAUGCAUUUUCUAAAGCUUCCGGAAGGGCAAUCAAAUACGAAAUUGUGGAUAGACGUCUGGGAGAUGUGGCAUCUAGUUACGCCGACGUUACACUAGCUGCGAAGGAGUUGGGCUGGAAAGCAAAACGCGGAUUGAAGGAAAUGUGCGAGGACACUUGGAACUGGCAAAAGUCCAAUCCCAACGGGUUUGCCGGAGCAAAAUAAACGUUGCGGGUACAAUAACGAGUAAAUAAGUUGAGACCAAAAAUCUAUUUAAAAAAUCAUUUAGAAUCUAUUCAUGGAUGCAUUUUUUAAAGCUUUUAUCUGAUGCCAUAGACAAAUUAAUGCAAUAUUAUUUGCUUUGUAAAAUAAAAUGUAACUUCAAAUACAAAAA